AUGGUGGCAAAGGGGAAACAUCGUUGGCGCAAGAAUAUGGAAUCGUGCUCACCAUCCAGACGCGUUUCUUCCCAAGCGGGAGAAUCGUCUUAUCCGGAAGCACCCACAAACUUCAAUUGUAAAUUGAACAACAUUGAUAUCAUGGAAGAGCAAAAGACUACUCACUUUGUGAGAUUCAGAUUUGACCAAUCGAUGCAUGAUCACAUUCGGAAAGAGGAUUACUUGCCUGAGGAGAAACAAGCAUCCUUUUGGUCGGCUGAAGAUCUGAAGGGAAUGAAAGGAGAAAUGCGAAAACUGGUUCAUCAAUUCCAAAAGGGGCAUAUCAAUGUAGAGGAUGACUGUGAAGCAACGAUAAUUGAACGGUACACACGUAAAGAAACUAUUGAACGUAAAAGGCGGCGGAAAGGAACUGUCCGUUCCCUCCUUAGCCAUCAAAAGAGCUUUGGGGGUGAGCUCUCAGAGACGUGGCUAAAGAAAGUCUACAUAUCCGAAAGCUACAAAUCGCAGCAAGCGGCCAACCUUCGGGCUGUUCCUAGUGAGCAGCAACGUCUUGUGGCCCCACCUUCUCAUCAGACCAUUAUCCGCCACAACAAAAAGAACAACACGCAAGUGGAAAGCAGACGUCAGCUAUCGGACUUGGUCAAUGAAUCUCAAUAUUUGAGUUCCAAACUGCUUCAGCUAAUAGAUUACUGCACUAGCAUUACACUAUAA